AUGAAACUUUUUAUUGGUUUACUUUUUCACACUGGAACUAUAAGAGUCAAUCGUUUGGAAGAUUAUUGGAAGACAAGCGAGUUAUUCAACUUGAAUUUUUUUCGGCAAUAUAUGAGUAGAAAUCGUUUUAUGUUACUUUUGAGAAAUUUGCAUUUUACUGAAAGUGAAUAUGAUGUGAACAAUCGCCUGAAUAAAAUUGAACCGAUAGUAACAUAUUUUAAUAAUAAAAUGACAGAUGUUUAUGAACCUUCUGAAAAUUUAGCACUCGAUGAGUCAAUGGUUUUAUAUUGGGGUAGAUUAGUUUUCCGGCAAUACAUCAAAAAUAAGCGCCAUAAGUAUGGUAUCAAACUGUACAUGCUCACAGAAUCCGGUGGGUUAGUCCACAGAAUUAUGAUAUACUCUGGACAAGGAAAUGAUACGUCUGACGAUUUUACUCAUACAGAAUAUGUUGUCGUAAAAUUAAUGGAAGGACUUACUGGGUGUGGUCGAUCAUUGUAUAUGGACAAUUAUUACAAUAGUGUAAAGCUAGCUCACAUACUUCUAACAAAAGGAACAUAUUGUACAGGAACUUUGCGAGCCAAUAGAAAAGGAAACCCUAAAGAAAGAAAUUUGAAAAAAUUAAAAGUAGGAGAAAGUGUUGGAAAGUAUACCAAGGAAGGCGUAUGUGUGAUGAAAUGGUGA